CGAGACAGGAGGUAAGGGGCGAACACCUAAUACCUUUGCGGGAGAUGUGAGUAUCUAUAAGUAUCUGGAGGCAGUGUUAGAAAAAUGGCCGUGCUCCGAGGUCUCCUACACAAUCACUAACAGCAACUGGGACAGCGUCCCCAUCUGGACCGCCAUUACAGGGGAAAGGAUUGGAUAAGCAGGAGGGUGAGGAAAUCAGCAAGAACAGUAUGGAUACAUGUAAUGUUCCAGGUUCUAAUAAAGAUGUGAAAACCCACUUUAAAGUGUCCAGAUUUAUUAUAGAAGCAGGCGUAAAACUGGGAAUGCACUCUGUCCCUAUUGCAACUGCUUGUACUGUAUACCAUAAGUUCUUUAAAGAGACCAGCCUGGAGAAAUAUGACCCAUAUCUUGUGGCAAUGUCAGCAAUUUAUCUUGCUGGAAAGGUAGAGGAACAGCAUCUACGGACAAGAGACAUUAUUAAUGUGUGCCACAGAUAUCAAAAUCCUGGACACGAACCUCUUGAAGUAGACUCAAAAUUUUGGGAGCUGAGGGACAGCAUUGUGCACUGUGAAUUACUCAUGCUCAGGAUGUUAAAUUUUCGUGUGUCUUUCCAGCAUCCGCACAAAUACUUGCUCCAUUACCUUAUUUCUUUAAACAACUGGAUGAAUCGACACAGUUGGGAACGGACUCCCAUUGCUACAGCUGCCUGGGCUCUUCUCAGGGAUAGUUAUCAUGGCGACCUGUGCCUCCGACAUGAGCCACAGCAUAUUGCUGUUGCAGUGCUUUAUUUUGCGUUGCAGUGCUAUGGGAUAGAGGUCCCAAGCAAUAAUAAUGCUGAGACUUCGUGGUGGCAGGUUUUCAGUGAAGAUGUUACAGAAUUAACGAUCAACAACAUUAUAUCUGAUCUAAUAAAUAUUUAUACUAUGGAUACCGAAAUAGCCUGAAUGACCAGAAGAGACUUGGAAACUUGGUGUUUCUUUGGUAAUCUCUCAUUAUUUGCAGUGACUUUUAUUUUUGCCAUUGCGUUUAUGGAGAUAAAAAGGACAAACUCUGCUUCAGUCCACAUUGCAACCCACCCACACCCAAUGCAACGGUGCUUUGCUUUCUUAAAAGGGGAUGUAAAGUCAACGUGUAUAUGUAUAGAUUCUAGAAGGAACGCGAUCAUGGGAGAGGAAAGAAAGCUACAGAAACAAUUGCCUGCAUCUCAACACAGGUAAAGUUUUAACAGACCUAUAUUACAAAGUUUAAUUUAGUGCUAAGUAUCUAUAAAUGCACUUUUUAUUAAAAAAAUGACUUUACAUCCCCUUUAAAGUUGGUUUUUAUUAAUUAUAGUUUUUAAUUAUGUGUUUUGUUCUCCUCUUUGCAGCUUUCAAAUGGGGGUCACUGACCCCCCACAGCCCAAAAACUUUUGGCUUUGUGAAACUACAGAUUAAUUGUUAUUGCUAUUUUGCUUUCCCUUAUCCGGAAACCCGUUAUCCAGAAAGUUCCAAAUUACAGAAAGGCCCUCUUCCAUAGACUCCAUAUAAGCAAAUAAUUCUAAUUUUUAAAAAUGUCUUUUUCCUUUUUCUCUGUAAUAAUAAAACAGUAACUUGUACUUGAUUCCAACUAAGAUAUAAUUAAUUCUUAUUAGAGCAUAAAGAAGUAUUUUCGGUUUAUUUAAUAUUUAAAUGAUUUUUAGCAGAUUUAAGUUAUGGAGAUCCAAACUACAGAAAGAUCCCUUAUCUGGAAAACCCCUGGUCCCGAGCAUUCUGGAUAACAGGUCCCAUACCUGUACUUAUUUUACGAUUCAACUCUCCUCCUAUUAAGAUAUCUUUCAUUAAAAUGUAAUUUCAUGUGUCUUUUAUUCAAACCUCACCCUUGUUGCUAAGGUAAUUUGGAUCCUAGCAAACUAAGUGCUGAAACAGAGCUGCUGAACAAAAACUGAAAUUAUUUAAAAACUACAAAUAAUAAAAAAUGAAGACCAAUUGCAAAUUGUCUCCGUAUAUUACUCUCUACAUCAUAUUAAAAGUUAACUCAAAGUUGAACAACCCCUUUAACCGCAUUAGACCACUAAAGGAGACGGAAAAGUUAAAUCACUGGGGGAUGUGCUAAAUAGACACCUCCUAGUUAUUAUAAUCACUUUCCUGAUACUUACCUGCUUUUGUUAGCAGAAAGCUAUGCUGGCCUGGUUACUUCUGAGAGAGCACUAUGUGUAGUAGAGUAAAAAACAAACUUUUAGCAAAAAGCUGGAAAAAAAUGCUAUCCUGCUCUGAAGUCAGUGCACAGUAGAGUUGGAGGCUCUGUAUAUGGAGCAGAGUUUAUUAUUUCUCUGCAUAAAUAUUCUCAUAUAACUUCAUAUUCAUAUUUAGCGCACAGUACAAAAGCCAGUGUCUCUGAUAGCAUCUGAAAUGCUAUAUUGGGCACGAAUCUGACAACAUUUCAUUAGAGCAAUUGGAUUCCUCGGUUUCCAAACGGUUACAGAGUGUUGUUAAAAAGAAAGCGGGUGCAACACAGUGGGAAACAUGCCCCUCUACAACUUUUCUAAAACAUUUUGCUGGGAUUAUAUUUAAAAUGAGUGUAUAUUUUUGAUAAAACAAUAAAAUUCUUUGGUUUCAA